GAAAGAGGCCAUUCGCUUCGUCCCCUCCUCCCCUUCUCUAACUCAAAAUUUUCCCGCAGCGCAAGAAACAAUCCCAUCUUUCCCGUCUCCGCCGCUUCCUUCGUCGGAUCUCCGUUGCUCGAUUCCCCGCUGCUGGCCAGGAUCCCGGCGCCGCCCGCCGCCAUCUAUCCCCCACCCUUUCCGGCGAUUCCUAACUGUGACGGGAUCAAUUUGAGGGUGCUUUAAUUCUCCGGAAUCUUUGCCGGAAAAGGAGAGUUUGGUUGUUUCCCUCGGGAGUGGAAACUCGUGAGAAAUUUUCUGGUAUGUGGGAUUGGUUUUUGGUUUUUGAAUCUCGGAUUUGACGGCUCCGAUGGAGCAAGGCAUUCGACCUCCUGCAACGGCGCCGCCCGAUUUCCCACCGAAGAAGCUCGUCCGGCAGCUUGAUUUCACGACGGCGUAUGGUGGAGCUUCUCCCGCGGUGGCGGCGGCAGCAGCAGCGGUGUCGAAGGCCCUUGAGAAGCCGUCACAGCAGCAGCAGCAGCAACCGCAGUCGCUGCCGCCAUCACCACUGCCCAUCUCGCGCCCUUCGUUUCCGAUAGCUGUGAAGCCAGAGUCUCCCAAAUCACGACCACGGCCAUUAUAUGAAGCAAAAGAUGGUACCCCUACAAGAAAGAAGAACUGCAACUGCAAACACUCAAAAUGUUUGAAGCUGUACUGUGAGUGUUUUGCAUCUGGGGUGUACUGUGAUGGGUGCAAUUGUACAAACUGUUGCAACAAUGUUGAGAAUGAAAGUGCCAGGCAUGAGGCUGUUGAAGCUACUCUAGAACGCAACCCCAAUGCUUUUAGGCCUAAGAUUGGCAGCAGUCCGCACGCAGUCCGAGAUAGUAGGGAGGAGAUAGGUGACCUCCUAUUGGUGGGGAAACACAACAAAGGAUGCCAUUGCAAGAAGUCAGGUUGCCUGAAGAAGUAUUGUGAAUGCUUCCAAGCCAACAUUCUCUGUUCUGAAAAUUGCAAAUGUAUGGACUGCAAGAACUAUGAAGGGAGUGAAGAGAGGAGAGCUCUUUUCCAUGGUGACCAUGGAAAUGCCCUGUACAUGCAGCAAGCUGCCAAUGCUGCCUUGAAUGGGGCUAUAGGACCCUCUGGAUUUAUUUCUCCUUCAGCAUCAAGGAAGAGGAAAAACCAGGAGCUUCUUUUCAGCACAUCAGCAAAGGAUCAGCACAAUCACAGGCUGGGACAGUUCCAACAGGUUAGUCAUCUCAAGACUUCGGUACCUGCUACUUCUUUUCCUUCCAUUCCCGCAGCCCGUUCUAUCAACCCCGUUCCAUUAGGAUCUUCUAAAGUCACUUACAGGUCUCUUUUAGCAGAUAUUGUCCACCCUGAGGAUGCGAAGGAGCUGUGCACGCUUUUGGUGGUAGUAUCAGGAGAGACUGCCAAAACAUUUGCCGAUAGAAGAUCUCAGGAGAAGCUUGGAGAGAGGGAAGAUCAAACAGAAAGCUCCCUUGCCUCAUCAAACCAUGACAGAGACGAGCAUCACAAAGAGCCAGAUGCACAGCAAACAUCAGCUGAUGAAUGUUCAAGUGGAACUCAUGUAGACAAAACAAGCAUUGAAGAAUCUGUGUCUGACUGUGCUGAUGGCCAGAAAGGGAGCAGGCCUAUGUCUCCUGGAACACUAGCACUGAUGUGUGAUGAGCAAGACACAAUGUUUGAGGCAUCUCUAAAUGCUGGUAUGCCUCCAAGGUUUCCCUACAACCAGAAUAUGUCAGAGGUCUAUGCAGAGCAGGAGAGAUGUGUGUUGACAGAGUUUCGAGACUGUCUCCAUAGGCUUGUCAACUAUGGAAGAAUAAAAGAAGCAAAGUACUCAUCAAUGGCCGUGCAAUCCGAACCUUCCUCUCAUCGGGAGUUGGCCAUUAAUGGUGUUGCUAGAGCCCCCCUAUCGAGUUCUGUCGAGAUGUCUCAUACUCUCCAAGCCUUCUCAGCUAAUUCCAAUAAGCACACGCCUGUUGGGCGAUCAAACACAGGGAAUGGAGACAUAAAGCCUAAGAUUGAAAAUUUGGAGAUGUAGAAAGAUAAGAAUAAAAAAUAUAGCAAUUUCCAAAGCACAUUGCUACAUCUUUAUGUAAUAUUCUGAUGGUGUGGGGAUGCCUUUGGAAGGUUAUACCAGAACUCGAUCGAUGAUUUAGAAUUGAUCAAGUCCGGUAGCUCAUUUUUUUUUCAGAACAAAUUCAUCAAUGUAAUUUACACACAGUUUAUUCAGCUUGAGAGUGUUUGUGUCGCAUAUGGAAUGACUGUUAAUCACUGCAUAUUUAUUUUUACUC